AUGUCAACCCCGCAACCAGUCUCUCGUCGUAGAGUUGAAGCUCGGAGUGGCUGCCUCCGGAUCCGCCAGCGCGGGGCUCUAUGUGCCCUGCUAACCAAAUCUAUACAGCGGAUCAAGUGUGACGAGACGGCACCAGCGUGUAACCAAUGUACACGGAAGAACCUCGACUGUCCGGGCUAUAGACGGCCCUUGAAGUGGUCCUCCAAGUAUGAGGUAGGCAAGGGCAUCACGCACCUACCCGCCGAGCUGGAAGAGACCAUGCAGACAUCGCAAGCACAUUUCAUCCAGCCGAGAAGGGCAACCAACUCCACAGCUUAUGCUCAUCGAGCUGAAGCCGCUCACCAAACCCAGACUGACCCCAAGUCACCCUUCUGCAUUGAUGGAGACAAUACUUCCACUCUAUCGACCAGAGGGAGUCCCACUACCAGCGAGCUAACGAGGUUGACCAACAUGCACCAGGUCUACACCACCCUGGAAGAUGACGACACAACUCUAGUGCGCCACCAUUUUUCCAAAGUCUGUCCAGUUAACUCAUGUUUUGACUCGCACAAGAACUUCUUCCGCAACAUUCGGGCCUUCGUCUUGGAGUCACUCUAUCAUCAUGCAGUCCGAGGCGCACGACACUAA